AAAUGCUCUCACGCCUGGUGUGGAGAGUCAGACUAAUAGCCGAGUGUCACAGCUGCGUGAACACAGAGAGACGGAGCUGGUGGAUUACUGCGUCUGUACGGACUCCUCCGAGACUCACAAGCCUAACCUGAAUAACACAGAUUUCAGGCAAAAUGAAACUGAUUGUUCUGUCCUUCUUCUGCUGCUGUCUGCUGCUCACUGUCACACCCAGUGUGGACAGUGCAAAACUAAACCUCUACCAAGUUUUAAAAAGAAGCAUCGGGCUCCAGAGGACAAAAAGGGAUCUGAGUAGUCUGUUUGCACUGAGGGAAGCAGAGCCUGAGCAAUUUGUUCGACCUGAUGAUGUCAAAGACACCCUGCUUCCACAUUCCAGCACUGGCAUCGGUGUGCGAACCAAGCGCUCCAAGAACUCCGUCAACCAGUCGCGGAGGUCAGGCUGCUCACUGGGCACGUGCACGGUACACGACCUGGCACACCGCCUGCACCAGCUCAACAACAAGCUGAAAGUCAGUAGCGCCCCCAUCGACAAGAUAAGCCCACUGGGCUACGGGCGCAGGCGCAGGGCCGUCCCCGAGAGGAAGAUGAAGUUAGAGAUGCAGGAUGGUCACUUGCAGCCAGUGUGGAGGCUGCACAAGCUGGAAGCGCUGCUCAGACGGACCUGAGCAGGACGCGAGCCGAGGGGACUGGAAUGCUGAGAUUUCUCCUGCCAAGAGUUCUCCGGCACAUUCUUUCGCAAGGUGAGCGGCUAGGACAGCAGCCGUGGCUCGCCGAAGUACAAAAAACAACAGCUGUUCCACAAGCACUGUGAAUAAGAGACAGAAACAGAGGAGUUCUGUGGUGGAGCACUGCAACUUUCUGGGUUGGUAUGCAAGUGUAUGAUUGGUGCACUGAUCCCUGGAGGAAAGGAGUGGAAAGGGCACAGAAACUGGGGCUGAAGAAUGAAUCUCCUCUAACGGGACAGAAUUUCGCUGCUCCUCAGGUGGACUAUUCAGUGGGAUUAUGGGACCCAAAUGCAUUCCGAGUAUGCAGUGACUUCAACAUGCUCUCUCGGAAAAAAUAAAAAAAUAAACAAACUCUGGACUUUAAUCCAUUGUAUUCGACAGGGAAAGAUAUGGAUUGUUCAUUCUGAGGAGAUCUGAAGGAUUUUAAGAUUAAGAAUGUGGCCAUGAAACUGUUUUCUGUCACAAACUCUGUUUUUGGACACUGUAUGAGGGAUGAAUGCUUUAGAUUUAGAUUUUAUAUAAAAUGCCUUCUCGGUCCGUAAAGGAUUGUUAUGCUACUUGAACAUUAUUAUUAUUAUUAUUAUUUUGUAUAGAGAUAUGUGCAAUCUAUAUGUAUUUUUUUAUUCCUAGUAUAUGUAUAUAUGCCAAAAAAGAUAGUGUUAUUUAAUUGUUUUAUACUUUGUACUACUUAUAGAGAGCUAUUUUUGUACAGGUUAAAAUGAAUAUGGGCAUUGUUCUACAUGGUAUGUUGUAUAUCAUUCUUUUGUGUUAUAUGGUGAUAGAAUACGUUUUAUGUCUGUAAUAAUAUAUUUGUAAAUGUGGUCGAUUUUGUAUGUUGAAGUAAUGUAUGUUGUCAUCCAAUAAACUUCAAAUUUUAAAAAAGAA